GCCGGGUGAUUGCAUAGGGCGAGGGCCAGGGACUCCCGCCUUGCCCCAGAAGAGCGCUGGUGGCCGUGGCUGCAGAGCGUGGUCCCCCAGGAGAAAGGGUUGUGCGGGAGGGCAAGGCGCUUAGAGUAACCCGCCGGUGUCUACGCGGCCGGGGAUGGGGAAGUGGCCCUUCCCCACCCACGUGUCCGCCUAACGUGCUCUGUCUGUCCAGAACAGAUCUUGGCCCUUGGCCAAGCACUCCUGAUGCCUCAUUUUCCCCUGGGCUCUUUCCGACCGCCACUUUUGGGGCUGAGGCCCUCCGGAAGCCUUCCCAGGUCCCGUCCCCUUUCUACACAGCCAGAGCCCCAUGGAUCUUCCGUCUCCCGGAGGAACCGGGAAGCCAAACAGAAGCGCCUGCGAGAGAAACAGGCAGUGCUGGAGACCGGGGUAGCUGGGAAGAGCGAGUCUGCAGAAUCCAGUAAGGCCUGGAGUCCCAAGGAGAUAGUACUGUAUGAAAUCCCAACCGACCCCGGUGAAAAGAAAGACACCUCUCGGCCCCUGCCCCCGGCAUACAGCCCCCGCUAUGUUGAGGCCGCCUGGUACCCGUGGUGGGUGCGACAGGGCUUCUUCAAGCCUGAGUAUCAGGCCCGGCUGCCCCAGGCCACAGGGGAGACCUUUUCUAUGUGUAUCCCACCCCCCAACGUCACUGGCUCCCUGCACAUCGGCCAUGCACUCACGGUGGCCAUACAGGACACCCUCGUGCGCUGGCACCGGAUGCGUGGGGACCGUGUGCUGUGGGUCCCUGGCUCGGACCACGCAGGCAUUGCUACCCAGGCUGUGGUGGAGAAGCAGCUGUGGAGGGAGCGCGGCCUGAGGAGGCACGAGCUGAGCAGGGAGGACUUCCUCAGGGAGGUGUGGCAGUGGAAGGAGGCGAAGGGUGGGGAGAUCUGUGAGCAGCUGCGUGCCCUGGGUGCCUCCCUGGACUGGGAUCGAGAGCGCUUCACCAUGGACGCCGGCUCCUCAGUGGCUGUGACCGAAGCUUUCGUGCGACUCUACGAGGCGGGGCUGUUGUACCGGAGCCGUCAGCUUGUCAACUGGUCUUGUGCUUUACGGUCGGCCAUCUCCGAUAUUGAGGUGGAGAGCCGGCCCCUGCCUGGGCGCACGGAGCUCCGACUACCCGGCUGCCCCACCCCUGUGGCUUUCGGCCUCCUCAUUUCGGUCGCCUUCCCUGUGGAUGGAGAGCCUGAUGCAGAGGUUGUGGUUGCAACCACGAGGCCAGAGACGUUGCCUGGAGACGUGGCCGUGGCCGUCCAUCCUGACGAUUCCCGAUACACGCACCUCCAUGGACGACGGCUUCGUCACCCCUUGACAGGGCAGCUGCUCCCGCUCAUCACAGACUCUGCCGUUCAGCCUCAUGUGGGCACAGGGGCAGUGAAGGUAACUCCGGCUCACAGUCCUGCCGACGCCGAGAUGGGGGCCCGGCACGGCUUCAGUCCCCUGGAUGUCAUUGCGGAGGACGGGACCAUGACCUCGCUCUGCGGAGACUGGCUGCAGGGUCUUCACCGAUUCGUGGCCCGAGAAAAGAUCGUGUCUGCACUGAGGGAGCGGGGCCUGUUCCGGGGCCUGCAGAGCCACCCCAUGGUGCUGCCCAUCUGCAGCCGUUCUGGGGACGUGGUGGAACACCUGCUGAAGAGCCAGUGGUUCGUCCGCUGCCGGGAGAUGGGGGCCCGAGCAGCAGAGGUGUGGGCUCGGAGACCUUUCCUCCAGGCCGUGGCGUCGGGGGCCCUGGAGCUCAGCCCGCCCUUCCACCAGAAGAACUGGCAGCACUGGUUCGCCCACAUUGGGGACUGGUGUGUCUCCCGGCAGCUGUGGUGGGGCCAUCGGAUUCCAGCCUACCUGGUCCGAGAGGAGGCGGGGAAGGGCCACGGGGAGGACUGUUGGGUGGUCGGGCGGUCGGAGGCUGAGGCCAGAGAGGUGGCGGCGCGGCUGACCGGGAGGCCGGGGGCGGAGCUGGCCCUGGAGAGGGACCCGGAUGUCUUGGACACGUGGUUCUCUUCGGCUCUGUUCCCCUUUUCUGCCCUGGGCUGGCCCCAGGAGACCCCAGACCUUGCUCGCUUCUACCCACUGUCACUUUUGGAAACGGGCAGCGACCUCCUGCUGUUCUGGGUGGGCCGCAUGGUCAUGCUGGGGACGCAGCUCACGGGGCAGCUCCCUUUCAGCAAGGUGCUCCUCCAUCCCAUGGUCCGGGACCGGCAGGGCCGGAAGAUGAGCAAGUCCCUGGGCAAUGUGCUGGACCCCCGGGACGUCAUCUGCGGGGUGCAGCUGCGGGUGCUGCAGGAGAAGCUGAGGGACGGGAACCUGGACCCCGCAGAGCUGGCCACUGCAGCUGCAGCACAGAAAAAGGAAUUUCCUCACGGGAUCCCCGAGUGUGGGACGGAUGCCCUGAGAUUUGCACUGUGCUCCCAUGGGGUUCUGGGGGGCGACUUGCGCCUCUCUGUCUCCGAGGUCCUGAGCUGCCGGCAUUUCUGCAACAAGAUCUGGAAUGCUCUGCGCUUCAUCCUCAGUGCCCUCGGAGAGGAGUUCGUACCCCGGCCUGCAGAGGAGCUGUCUCCCUGCUCCCCCAUGGAUGCCUGGAUCCUGAGCCGCCUCGCCCUUGCCGCCCGGGAGUGCGAGCGGGGCUUCCUGAGCCGGGAGCUCUCGCUCGUCACCCACGCCCUGCACCACUUCUGGCUGCACAGCCUCUGUGACGUUUACCUGGAGUCCUGGCACCAGCCUGAGCUGGAGCGGCGCUUCUCUCGGGUCCAGGAGGCCGUGCAGGUGCUGCGGACGCUCCGAGCCACGUACCAGCUCACCAGAGCCCGGCCCCGAGUGCUACUGCAGAGCUCGGAGCCUGGAGAGCGGGACCUCUUUGGGGCUUUCCUGGAGCCCCUGGGCACCCUGAGCCACUGUGGGGCCGUGGGCUUGUUACCCCCGGGUGCAGCAGCUCCCUCCCACUGGGCCCAGGCCUCGCUCGGUGGCUCCACUCAGGUCUACAUGGAGCUUCAGGGCCUGGUGGACCCCCGGGCCCAUCUACCUCUGCUGGCCGCCCGAAGGCACAAGUUGCAGAAGCAGCUUGAUGGUCUCAUAGCACGGACCCCAUCAGACGGGGAGGCAGAGACCCAGAGGCAGCAAAGGCUGUCUUGUCUCCAGCUGGAAUUACUGAAACUGGACAAGGCGGCCUCUCACCUGCGACAGCUGAUGGAUGAGUCUCCCAGCCCCGGGAGCUCUGAGCUCUAACUCACCAGCCCUGACAGUUUUCCUCCCUCCCAGACCUGUCUGUGAGGACAGACUUGUCAGCUGUCAGGGUGCGAAGCCACCUCGCAGGCCGUGUGGUCCCCCACCCUCAUUUUGUACGUGAGGGGACUAACUGGCUUGGGCUCCAGGACCAGGGCGUCCCCGGGUGCUCGCGGCACUGCCUGGCCUCCCUCCCGUGUGGCCCACCUGGAACUUUGGGAAUGAGGAGAUGCAGAUAAACGUCUAAAAUCCCAAA